AUGAGAUCUUCCAUCGUUCUUGCCGCCUCUGGCGCCGCCGCGGUCAUGGGCCGUGCCAUCGGCCUUGACCCCCGUGCCAUGGAGACCGUCCUCGACGUCGAGUGGGUUACCGUCACCGUCACCGAGGGUGUUCCGGUUGCUACUCCUACUCCCACGCCUUCCAACCCUGCCAUCUACUACGAGGCUCCCGCCAGCUCUGCUCCCAAGGUCGUUGAGACUUCCGCGCCCGCGCCCGUCUUCUCGACCGUCACCGUCGAGCCCCCCAAGCCGACCGUGGUCAAGCCCUCGUCCGUCUACGUCCCCGUUCCCGAGCCGGAGACCACGCCUACUCCUACCCCCACGCCGACUCCCACCCCGGCGCCCGUCACCACCCAGGCUCCUCCUGCCACCAGCGUCCCCGCUACCAACGACCUCCAGACCGCCUGCAUUGACUCCCACAACGUCCACCGCUCCAACCACUCCGCUCCUGCCCUGACCUGGGACAGCGAGCUUGCCGGCUAUGCUGCCAACACCGCCGCCACUUGCGUCUUCGAGCACGACAUGACCCAGGGCAGCGGUGGCUACGGCCAGAACCUCGCCAUGUGGGGUGCCACUGGCUCCGAGACUCUUGGUGAGGCCAAGGCUGCCCAGAAGGCCAUCUCUGACCAGUGGUACAACGGCGAGCUCAACCUCUUCACCGGUUACGGCCAGGCCAGCCCUGACAUGACCGACUUCCUUAAGUGGGGCCACUUCACCCAGAUGGUCUGGGUUGACACGACCAGCGUCGGUUGCGCCGUCCACUACUGCGCCGCUGGUUCCCUCAGCUCCAUUGGCAGCUGGUACACCGUCUGCAACUACAAGAAGCAGGGCAACGUCAUCGGCAGCUUCGACAAGAACGUCCUGCCUCCCGGCAGCCUCGCCACCGUCAACGGCUACUAG